UCCACGCGCACCGGGCGGGGCGGGGCGGCUCGCUAAGAUGGCGCUGCCCAGCGGGCUCCGGCGCUGCCCUGGGCCGGUCCGCGCCUUCUCCGCCCACCUUCUGGCGGCGCCUGCCAGACCCGGCUGGACCGGGCUGGAGCCGCGGGGCCCGGCUGCCCUGACCCGCGCCCGGGUCCCCGCGCGCUUCUGCGCCAGUGACGAGCAGAGCCGGCGGCGGGGUCCGCCGGGGGCGGGCGGCGGCCGGAGCGUGGUGGUGGUGGGGAUCCCCAACCCCUUCAUCUGGGUCCGCACCAGGCUCUACUGCUUCCUCAUCCGGGCCUACUUCGACCAGGAGUUCAGCGUCGAGGAGUUCACCCAGGGGGCCAAGCAGGCCUUUGCUCUUGUUUCAAAGCUGUUGUCUCAAUGUAAACUUGAUCUGUUGGAGGAAUUUGUAUCAAAAGAGGUACUUCAAGUGUUGAAGGAGAAGCUUUCUUCCUUGUCUGAAAACCACAGGAAUGCCCUGGCUGCUGACAUGGAGGAAAUAAUGUAUACAACAGCAGGAGAUGUUGGCAUUUACUAUGAUGACAGUGGAAGGAAGUUUGUUAGUAUCCUGAUGCGCUUCUGGUAUCUAACUAGCGCUGACCUUCCUGAUGAAGCUCCAGAUGGAACCAAAGUUUUCCAGGUUGUAUUUGGAGAUGAAACUGUGAAAGAAACUAAACGUCUUCUAACAGCAAACUAUGAGUUCCGAAGGGAAUUUACACAAGGAGUGAAGGCAGACUGGACUAUUACACGGAUUGAGCAUCCAAAGCUAUUAGAAUAAAUUUCUUGUACAAUGACUUUUAUGGACCUUCAUAAAUCCUCUGGCAUACCAAAGGUGUCAAGCUUUUUUGGUCUCUCCACAACAAUCUCUUUUCAGGAUUAAUUUUAUAUUUUUUAAUUCCCAAAAUACUUUUGAAUUGAUCAUAUACAGUAUAUUGCUCUGAAAGAAUAACAAUAAAGCCUUUUCCAUGA